AUGUCCAAGUCCGAUGGUGAUGCCACACUCAAAAAUUGGGUUUGGGUACCCAGUGAGAAGGAUUUAUUCACAAAGGCUUAUAUAACAGAUUAUCUUGAGAAUGGGAAAUGUAAGGUGUCGGUUGUUUCGCUAGAUAAUGUCAACCAUGUUGAGUCAACCAUGGAAAUUGAACAAUCAAAGUUGGAGAAUUGCAAUCCAGCCAAGUUCAACAAAUGCGAGGAUAUGGCCGAGUUGACACAUUUGAAUGAACCCUCUGUUGUUUACAAUUUGUACUUGCGAUAUAUGGAUGAUUUGAUUUACACCUAUUCUGGGUUGUUUUUGGUGGCCAUCAACCCUUACAAGCUGUUGCCUAUUUAUGAUGAGCCAAUGGUACGAAAAUUUCGUAAUCAGCCUACAAAUAAAGAAUCACCGCAUAUAUUUGCCAUUGCUGAAGCUACGUAUCGUAAUUUAUUGAGCAAUAAGCGAGAUCAAAGUAUAUUGGUCACGGGAGAAUCAGGGGCUGGCAAAACUGAAAAUACAAAGAAAAUUAUUCAAUAUCUUUCAUGUAUUACUACACUAACGCCGAAAAAUGGCAUUGCAUCUCACACGGACAACAUCGACGACAAGAUCCUUCAAGCUAAUCCAAUCUUAGAGAGUUUUGGUAAUGCAAAGACAAUAAAGAACAACAAUUCAUCAAGGUUUGGAAAAUUUAUCCAAAUCUACUUUGAUUCUGCCGGGGACUUGGCCGGUGCUAAUAUUGAUUACUAUUUGUUGGAAAAGUCAAGAGUAGUUCAUCAAGCUGAUCAGGAGAGAAAUUAUCACAUCUUUUACCAUUUUAUUAAAGGAUACGAAAACUUGUCAGGUCUUGGGUUGAACAAGGACGUAUCUACAUAUAAAUAUUUGAAUGGUGGGGUGACAAAUAUACCCAAAGUUGAUGAUUUCAAAGAGUUCAAUCUACUUGUGGAGGCAUUCAAAAUUGUUGGAUUUUCAUCACAAGAAAUGCAAUUUAUCUUCCAAGUGUUGGCUAUUAUCUUACACUUGGGUAAUUUGAAAUUCACUUCAUGGAAAACUGAGCAAGCCAGUUUCACUAAAGACUCGCCAAUUGAAAAGAUUGCUGAACUUUUAGCAGUAGACGCUUCGAAGUUAAAAGAGAGUUUCUUAAAACCCAAAGUUAAAGCUGGUAGAGAAUUUGUCACCAAAUCAAAAAAGGCAGGAGAAGUUAAAUUCACAAUUGAUGCUUUGGCCAAAUACUUGUAUGAACGGUUGUUUCAGUUCAUUAUCAAGAAAAUAAAUUCAAACUUGAACAACGACGAAGUUAAUCUGGGAAAUCUUUGUAUCGGAGUGUUAGAUAUCGCCGGGUUUGAAAUUUUUGAGGUCAAUUCAUUUGAGCAAUUGUGUAUCAAUUACACUAAUGAAAAGCUUCAACAGUUUUUCAACCACCACUCAUUUAUUUUAGAACAAAGCGAAUAUCUACGAGAGAAUAUUCAAUGGGAGUUUAUCGACUUUGGUAAAGACUUACAACCAACAAUCGAUUUAAUCGAAACACGUAAUCCCAUGGGAGUUAUGAAAUUACUAGAUGAAGAGUGCAUGAUGCCAAAAUCUUCAGACAAGAUGUUUAUGGAGAAGCUAAGCUCCAACUUUGCUGGAAAGAAUAAAAAAUUUGCCGAGAACAAGUUGAAAAAUGGAUUCAUUAUUCAACAUUAUGCCGGAGAGGUUGAGUACAAUGUCGACAAUUGGUUACAGAAAAACAAAGAUCCGGUCAGUGAUAAUAUCUUGCAAUUGCUUUCAACGGAGUCCAAAAAUGCGUCACUUCGUGAGUUGAUCAACGACGAGACUACUCAACAGCAACAACAAAUGCUGCCGCUGAAAACUCAAAAUGGUUCCAAAAUGAUGCAAACUGUUUCUCAAAAGCACAAGGGGCAGCUAAAAGACUUAAUGGAUCGCUUGGAAACAACCGAGCCUCAUUUUGUUAGAUGUAUAUUACCCAACUUGGACAAGAGGGCAAAGAAAUUCGACAAGAAUCUUGUGCUUAACCAAUUGAGGUGCAAUGGUGUUUUGGAAGGUAUAAGAAUUACUCGUGCUGGAUAUCCGAACAAAUUAACGUUUGAUGAGUUUAUCCAACGGUACUCAAUCAUUAGUGAUGAUGUUCAAUUGACAAAAAAUACCAAGACCAACUGUGAACUUAUAUUAAAGCUGUCACGGUUGGACCCUGACGUCUACAAAAUCGGACUCACCAAAAUUUUUUUCAAGAAUGGAAUACUAGCAAACUUAGAGACUAUGAGAGAUAUGGCGUUAAAAACAAUCUUUACCGAUUUGCAGAAACGUAUCCGAGGAAAUUUGACCAGGGCCAAUAUGCGUCAACAGAUUAAGGAACUACAAUCAUCGCAGCUCAUAGCCAAGACUAUGACUCAAGUUCAUGAAGCAAGAUCGAAUAAUCCGUGGAUGGCGUUGUUUUAUCAAAUCAAGCCAUUACUUGAGGAUUCAGUGAAGGUUAUGGACAUGACUGAGGUGCAAAAUAACUUGAAGGAUGUUACUGUCAAGUUGAAGGAUUCCGAAAGGUUGAAUAAAGGGUUGGAAAAUGAUAACAUCAAGAUGCGUGACUCUUUAAAGACAUUGGAGGAUGAAAUUAUUGCCAACAACGACAUCAUCAAGGAGAAAGACAUUCAACUACAAAAGCUACAACUGGAACGCAAAGCUUCCAAAAAGAGAAUUGAGGAGUUGGAGGUCACUAUUCGAGAAUUGAAAGAAACAAAUCGUGUCUUGUCCGAUGAUCUGAAAAAAUUGAGCAAUCGUUUGAAAGAAUUGCAUGACGACUACGAGGUGAGAUCAAAGGAGUUGGCUCUGAGGCAGUCCGAACACAAUUCUGCACAAGGCGAGUUGACAAGGUUGAGAGUGCAACUUGAAAAAAUUGAAUUGGAAAGGUCCCAACACGCGUCUAUGGUCGACGAGUUGGAGAGUAAGCAUGAGAAGCAAUUUUCAGAAUGGGAAACCAAAAACAAGGAGCUACAGAGUGAGGUUGAAAAGUUACGACAGGAAGCUUCUGCGCACGAGUUGCAAGUAAGAGAGUUGACAGAAAAAGCAUCAGUUCAUGAGAAACUCAAAGCUGUUGGCGAUACAUACAAACAAGAAAUUGCCGCAUUAAAGUCAACCGUGCUGAAUUUAGAGACAAAAUGUGCUACGCAAAAGAAAGACAUUGAAGAAUUGAAAGCUCACUUGAGUAAAGAUGAAUUGAAAAAGUCCAAGUAUGAAGAGAAAAUUGAAGAGGCAAAGGAGAAGGUGCUGGCCUUGAAAUCACGCGUUGAAAAGAAAUCAAAUGAGAUAGAGCAAUACCAGAAAGAGGUGAAUUCAUUAAAGACGCAGUUAUCUAAAGCACAACGUGAUUUGGAGUCUCUGAAACUGGUAGAGCUUAAACUAUCACAGAUCAAAGUUAAUGAAGAGCGCAACUUGAAAGAAAUUGAAUUGAUGCAAUCAAAUUUGUCCAAAUCAACCUCUGAUCACAAACAAUUGAGCGACGAGUAUGCCAAACUCAAACUCGAGCUCCAGCAAACCCAGAAAGCUAGAGAUGAGUAUAGUUCAAUGAUUACUGACUUGAAUGCCAAGUUACAGAGACUUGAGCAAGACUACAAAUCUAUUGAACUGGAGAAGGAGAAUCAACCACCCAGUCGUCAGAUGAUGGAAGAAUUUACCCAUAUCAAAUUGAAGUUGAAUGAACAGAAUGCAGCGCUAAGAAAAGAAAAGUUUGAAAAUAAAAAGUUGACAGAGGAGUUAGGCUUAAUCAAGGAACGGAUUAUGAAUGGUUCAUUGAUGAGUAGUGACUUGACACCCAAGAGAAGGUCACUAGCAAUUGGUGAACGUGUCAAUGGUAGUGUUGAUGCACUAAACAAAGAAAUCAAUGAUUUAAAAUUGAGGUUGCAACAGGAGCAGAGUAACUACCAACGUGCAGAGAAUUAUGCCAUUGAAUUACAAAAAAAAUUAAACAAGGUGCAAUCGAGCCGUGGUUUGAAUAGCUCCACUGAUUAUGAAAAGAAGUUUAAAGAAUCUCAAGGACGCGUGGCUCGUCUCGAGAAACAAAUUGAAGGCUUCAUUUCCAACGAGCCGACUAGUAACGAAAGCUCUCCAAGUAAUGGUAGAACUGUGUCCAGAAGUGAAAGCAUGGGUGGUCAACUUGCGUUCAGGGGUGUCAAUCCUGAGUUUGUACAAAUAUAUCAAGAUAUCAACAAAACGUUGAAAUCCACACGUGAGGAAUUGGGUACAUCCAAAUCGGAGAUUUUACGGUUAAAGGCUUUACUUCGCGAGUCGGAGGAGGAAUUGUACCAAGUGAAGCAAGAGAAAUUCAAGAGCUCAAUGAAGGAUUUCGAAGAGGAAAUUGCCCAUUUAAAGGUAAAGUAUGACAACGUCUCCAUAAGAAAUCAAGAUUUAAUUCAAGGUUUGGAGUUGUACAAAAAACGUUCAGAUGAGUAUUUCAAGAAAUUGGAAUUGGCGGAGUCAGCUGUUACUAUAUCCAAACGUCAAGAAGAGCUGGCAAAGAAAGAAGUGGACGACUUGAGAAGUCAGUUGAGGUUGUCAAAGGAAGAGGCAAGAACAUCACAGAUUAUGCUUAGAGAUUGCAACUUGAAAAUUGACAAAUUGGAGCAAACGAUUCAUAGUAACACGCUUGUUAUGGAGGAAAAUAAGAAACAAAUAAAGCAAUUGGAGGACAAAUUGUCAUACCAUGUCAAGAACUACGAGAAUAGAGAGACGACGGAGAAGUUGCGCGAGGAUUUGCGAAAUUUGCACAAAGAUUUAAACUUCAAGACUCAAACAGAAACCACCUUGGUGAAGGAGAAUAAACAAAUACAAUUGGACCUUGAAGAGGCGAUUUUGAUUAGGAAAAAUACUGAAAAGGAAAUGGAGGAAAUGCUGUUGAGAGAAGAGAAAUUGGAAGCAAAGAUUGUCAGCUUGACUGAUUCACUGAGACAGCUUGAGAAUGAUAAGAUAUUAAAUGAAAGAAAAAUCGUCUCCUUCUCCAAACAAAUUUCUGGACUAAAAGAGUUAGUUUCUGAAAUCACUCAAGAAAAGGAAAGAUUGAUUGAGGAAAAAGAGCAACUACAGGACGAAUUAUUUAAAGUCAAUCUCAACUUGGAAAAUCAAACUGUGGCCUUAGAUCAGAGCAAAUCAGAAGUCGCAUUCCUUAAAACCCAUUUGGAGAAUCAACGUCAAGAUGCAGAAGCAGUACGGUCAGAAUUAAAUCAAUCGAGAAUGUCAUCCACUUCAGAUUAUCGUGACCAGCAAAAAAUUAGAAAUGAAUUGUUGGUUGCCAAUGAAGAGAAUUACUCUUUGAAGAAAGCCAAUGAUGAAUUGAGUGCCAAAGUGCAUAAAUUGGAGGAGAAGUUGUACAGCAAUGAUCAAAUCAAGUUUUUGGAAUCUCGCGCAGACUCGUUACAAUCAGCUUUAGAUACCUCACUACAAGAAAAGCAUGAGUCGGACAAGACGAUUAAAACAUUAGAAAGAAAGAUCAAACAGUUGGAAACUAGAGUUGAGCACGAAUCGCAAUUGAGCAAGCGGUACAACGAUGAAAAUUUUGACUAUCAAAACAAAAUCAAUCAUUAUAAAGUUGCAGUUGAUUCGUUAGAUCAGGAAAAUAUUGAAAAGGACUUACAAUUGAAAACAUACGAAGAACAAAAUAACCAAUUGAAGGAGUCAAUGUUGAUGUUGCAAAAGGAAAACUUGGAAUUGAAGGAAAGAUUACACUUGCCGUGA